AUGAAGCAGUUUAGUUGCGCCCUGGUCUCUGCCUUUGCCUUGCUUGCUACUGCAAGCCCGGUUCCUGCUACUCACUUUGAGAUUAGCAAUGGCAGUACAGUUACCGCAGCCGACGUCUCGACGCUGAAAUUCUUCUCUCAGUAUGCUGGGGCAAGCUACUGCAACAGUGAGGUAGACCUAGGUUCUACUGUCACUUGCGCCGAAAACACCUGUCCGGAUGUCACUUCUGCUGGUGCUAAGGUGGUAGCAACCUUCUCUGGACAUCUCACUGAUAUCCAAGGCUUCGUCUCAUCGGAUGACACUAAUGAGCUGAUCGUGGCGUCUGUGAGAGGAUCUCAUUCGAUUCGCAAUUGGAUUGCCGAUCUCUCUUUCAUACCACUCCCCUGCGACCUCGUGGACGACUGCUUAAUCCACACUGGCUUCCUUCUAUCAUGGAAAGAGAUAGAAGACGACUUACUGGACGGUGUAGCAGCGGCUAAGGAAGCUAACCCUUCUUAUAAGAUCAUCUUCACAGGACACUCACUGGGUGGAGCUGUUGCUACAGUCGCUGCCGGCUAUGCCCGAGAUCAGGGUUACGAACUCGAUCUCUACACAUAUGGCAGCCCACGUGUAGGCAACCAGGCCUUCGUCGAUUUCGUUACGGCCCAACCAGGCGGCGAGUUCCGCGUGACGCACUUGGACGACCCGGUCCCACGUCUACCUCCCAUCGCCGUCGAUUACCGACACACCAGCCCAGAGUACUGGUUAUCAGGCGAGAGCGACAACAGCACUCUUUACGCUGCCUCAGAUAUCAAGGUAUGCGAGGGCUUUGCGAACACUGAUUGCAACGGCGGUACCGGCGGGCUGGACAUUCCUGCCCAUUUGCUCUACUUUGAGCACAUCAGCGGGUGCGGUCCAGACGGCAUAGCUUUCAAGAGGAGAGGUGGCCAGAGAGAUGUCUCGGACGAGGAACUACUUGCGAAACUCAGCGACUGGACGGCGCAGGAUCGCGAGAUCGCGGCGACGCUGAAACAGUAA